AAGGGACAAAUUUCAAUAUUCCAUGAAGCCAAGCCUCGCAAAAAGAAAGAAAAAGAACAGAACAUUUCGCCGUUUGGAGCCAUCCACAAUUCCGAUAAGGCAACACCUGUCCAAACAUUUCGCCAUUUGGAGCCUGACCCCUCUCUGUUCUUUUCCUUGGGAUUUUUCGCCUGUCACUGCCACUUUCCUUCGAGUCCAUUUCAAACAUCGUUGUACUUGUACUAGUAGUGUAUAUACUGUCACUUAAAAAACCCUUUUUCGCCCUCUUUUCAAUGGCCGACCUGCUUCCUCAGUUACUGCUUCCGAUAUGCUUGGAGGGCCUCCGAUACUGUCCCCUUUGAUUCUUCGGCUCCGCAGGCUCUGGCUUCUUGGGAAUGAUUGGUGACUAAACUGCAGAAAAAAGGGCAUUUUCGUUUCGUAAUUCUUUACUGUAUAGAAGUUUCGGGAAUUCAGCUUUGCCUUCUUGUUGAUAUGGCGACUUGCAUACACUCUUCCUUUUCACCUUCCGAUACACAAAAUCCAGUGCCAGUAUUUUCCAUUCCAAGAAGGAGAUUUGUAAACGAGAGCGGUAAGAAGAGCAGAGCUGCUUGCCAAAAGAAAAUUUCAGUUCUCUCAAGAAUUAAAUGUUCGACGAAUUCACACAGAGUUAGCCCGAUUAAUAGCAAAGACCCUUUUCUGAAUCUGCACCCCGAAGAUUCGAUGCGUAGGGGUGAGGGAAAUGAUAUAGCUACUAUCUUAAGGAAGGAGAGCUUUGGUGACAAUAGUACUGAAAACUUGACAGAAUCCUACAUUCCAAGUGACUACAAUGAAGCUAAGAUCAAAGUUGUUGGUGUUGGAGGUGGUGGCUCCAAUGCUGUCAACAGAAUGAUUCAGAGUUCUAUGAAGGGUGUGGAAUUCUGGAUUGUCAACACAGAUGUUCAAGCCAUGAGCAUGUCGCCUGUUUCCGCUGCAAACCGGCUACAGAUCGGGAAGGAUCUAACCAGGGGUCUUGGUGCUGGUGGGAAUCCUGAAAUUGGUACGAGUGCUGCAAAUGAAAGCAAAGCGGCUAUAGAGGAGGCAGUUUCUGGUGCUGACAUGGUGUUUGUGACGGCUGGCAUGGGUGGAGGAACUGGUACAGGUGGGGCUCCAGUAAUGGCAGGAAUUGCAAAGUCAAUGGGUAUUUUAACCGUUGGUAUUGUCACGACCCCAUUCUCUUUUGAGGGACGAAGGCGUGCUAUUCAAGCUCAGGAAGGAAUUGCGGCGCUUAGAGACAAUGUUGACACACUGAUUGUAAUUCCAAACGACAAGUUGUUGACUGCCGUUUCACAAUCUACUCCAGUAACUGAAGCAUUUAAUUUGGCUGAUGAUAUUCUUCGACAAGGUGUCCGUGGUAUCUCUGACAUAAUAACGGUCCCAGGUUUGGUUAAUGUUGAUUUUGCAGAUGUGCGAGCUAUCAUGGAAAAUGCGGGGUCAUCUCUUAUGGGCAUAGGAACUGCAACUGGAAAGACAAGAGCAAGAGAUGCUGCACUGAAUGCCGUUCAAUCACCUUUACUAGAUAUUGGCAUUGAAAGAGCUACUGGGAUAGUCUGGAACAUAACUGGUGGAAGCGAUCUAACUCUGUUUGAGGUAAAUGCUGCGGCGGAGGUUAUAUAUGACCUUGUAGAUCCAAAUGCGAACUUAAUAUUUGGAGCAGUGAUAGAUCCAUCACUAAGUGGCCAAGUCAGCAUAACAUUGAUUGCCACUGGAUUUAAACGUCAAGAGGAAUCUGAAGGAAGGGGACGUGGAGACAGCAACGCUGGAGUAAAUAGGCGCUCAUCUUACACUGAAGGCGGCUCAGUGCAAAUCCCCGAAUUCCUAAGAAAGAAAGGCCGUUCUCGGUAACCCCAGAUUGACACUCUCCUCUGUAAUAUACAUAAAUUCGCUCUCCUUCCGAGCUUGACAUAUCAGGGAUCGACAUUGCUCCUUCCAAUUCUGUUAGAGAUGCAAUUUUUCGAUCUUCUAGUUUUUUUUUUUUUUUGCCAACUCCCAGUUUAUGUAGCAAAUAAAUGCAGUCCUCCCAUUUGUUUUCGGAGGAAAGUUUCCACUUUGGUAUCCUUAGUGAUGUGUAUAACUGUGUUUCUUGAUUAUAGUCCGUAAUGCAUUUGGGAAUGCUACUUGGGCCAA